AUGAAUAAAGUUAUCGCAAAGCGUGGUCGUGUUAAAGGCUGUAUUACUCUUACAGCAACAUAUGCUAGUGCGAUUCCAAUUUCGACGACUUCAGAGACAUUAGAAUUUCGUCUUGAAAAACUUAAUGAAGCGUGGCAAGAGUUCAUAACAUUACAAAAUGAACUUUUAGACUUUAUCGGUACCAAAGAUUACGUUGAUCGUGAAUCGGAAUUUGCCGAAUAUGAGGCAAAAUAUUUUGAAACUCACGCUUUGCUGACAGAUGCGAUUCGCGUUAAAUCUAAAGCUCACGGGUCUAGUGAAAAGGGUAUCGCUCAAGGUUACCAUACGCCGUCGGAAGAUUCUGAUAUGAGCAUGCCGUACAAGUCCGUUAAAUUACCAACCAUUACAAUUGAACCCUUUUCGGGUGAAUAUAAAGAUUGGCCAACUUUUCGGGACAUGUUCCAGGGAACUGUCGAUUCGAAUAGAACAAUUACCAAUACGCAAAAGUUACACUUUCUAAAAUCGUUUCUGCGGGGAGAAGCCGCGAAUCUUCUCAAACAUAUUCAGUGUUCGGAAAAUAAUUAUAUUGAGGCUUGGACAAGAUUAGAGCAACGUUACGAUCAAAAGCAUCUUAUCGUCCGUUCUUUUAUUCAUUCGUUUCUUUCGCUUCCAUCAUGCAAUAUAGCCAACGUCCAAUCGCUUCGUAAGAUUACCAACGGUGCUGAUGAAGCUGUGCGGGGACUCAACGCGUUGGACACGAACACACGUGAUCCAUGGCUUAUUUAUCUACUUCUCCAAAAGGUAGAUCAAGAUACUAAGAGGGCUUGGGCUGAGGAAGUUGGUUCACGAGGUUCUAAUGCAGUUUCUGAUUCAAAUCAUCAGUCGAUAAAUUCUAAUUCUGAAAAUCCAACUCCACAUUCUUCAAAUUCACUCAUUGCAAAUCAUUCAAUCUCAUUCAAACCUAAUCACCAAGUUUCAACAAUUUUACCAACAGCUGUAGCCCGAAUUCGGGAUAAUCAAGGACUUUAUCAAAUCGUGCGCGUUCUUCUCGACUCUGGUUCUCAGGUGUCAUUUAUAACUGAGCAAGCAGCUCAACGCCUAGGGCUCCCUCGAAACCGUUUAAGAAUACCAGUAGUAGGAAUUGCGUCAAAAUCUGCUGGAGUAACUAAUGGUUUAGUCAAUCUUAACAUCGUCUCUUGCUACAGUUCCGAAAUGAUUGAUCUCAGUUGCUACGUUUUGCCUACCAUCACUUCAUCGCUUCCACCACUAUCAAUCGAUCAAAUUCCUCAAAAUCUUUCUUCUCUGAAUCUUGCUGAUCCUAACUACUGCGAUCCUGGUCCAAUCGACAUUUUGAUAGGGGCUGAUAGAGUUUUCAAUAUCAUAAAGGGAGCUGCUGAAAUCGAAAAAGGAGGAACUCUUACUUCGAUUCCAACUAUUUUUGGCUGGGUCAUAGCUGGUCAUCAUUCACAGCACUCACCAGUAAGAUCAGGAAUUCAAACAUUUUGUACUCGGUUAGAUCAUGCUCAGGAGUUUGACUUAGAAAAAUUCUGGAGGCUUGAGGAAGUUUCCAACGAACAACCACUGUCUCUUGAAGAACAGUUAGCUGAGGAAAACUUCGUCAAAUCUCAUACUCGUCUUCAAGAUGGCAGAUACGAAGUACAACUACCUUUCAAGUCAACAAAACUCAAUUUCGGAGAUUCCUUCGGUACGGCUCUAGCGCGUUUUCAUUCCAUUGAACGGAAGUUCAAUUGCAAUCCAAAUCUGAAAUCUGAAUACACAAAAUUCAUAAAUGAAUAUAUUUCACUUGGACAUAUGGAAGAAGUACCUUCCAAUGAAAUUCUAAAGUCAAACAAUUCAAGCUACUAUUUGCCUCAUCAUGCAAUCUUCAAAGGUGAUAGUAGUACCACCAAAAUCCGAGUUGUUUUCGACGCAUCUGCGAAAACUCGAUCGUCUCAAUCUCUAAAUGAAACCCUUCUUGUGGGUCCUACCAUCCAACGUGACAUAUUUUCAAUCUGUCUUAGAUCUCGUCGACAUGCCUAUCUCAUAACAGGAGAUAUUGAAAAAAUGUACAGGCAGAUCCGGGUUUCUCGAAACCACACAGACUUUCAGCGAAUUGUCUGGCGCGAAAACCCUGAAGAACCAUUGAAACAUUUUCGUUUGCUCACUGUCACGUACGGAACUUCGGCUGCUCCAUUUUUGGCUGUAAGAGUUUUGCAACAGUUAGCUGCAGAGUCUUCAAAAACUCAUCCUCGAGCAUCCAAAACUCUUCUCAAUGAUUUUUACGUUGAUGACGUCAUCACCGGUUCAGACACCAUUGAUGAUCUUAUUUCUCUUCGAAUUGAAUUGGUGGAGUUGUUGAAAUCAGCUGGAUUCAACCUUCACAAGUGGACUACGAAUUGCUGGCCACUACUUAUCUCUUUACCAGAGGACCAGCGCGAACUUUCACCGGUGGACUUCGAAGAAUCUAAUUCUGUCAAAGUUCUGGGAUUGCAAUGGUGCCCAUCCAGAGAUAUCUUUUCAUAUAAGGUCAAAUUGAAUCUAGUAAAUUCAUGUACUAAACGCCACAUCUUGUCAGAUGCUUCCAAAAUCUUCGAUCCUUUGGGAUUUCUCGCGCCGAUCGUAAUAGGAGUAAAAAUAUUGCUUCAGGAACUCUGGAGGAAGCAGAUCAACUGGGAUGAAGAAGUUCCAGACUCUUUAUCACAGCAAUGGAACAACAUCAGGAACGAGCUACAUAUCGUGGAAAACUUCGCAAUUCCAAGGAUCAUGCUACAAAAUAAAAAUGAAUGGGAACUGCACGGCUUUUGCGAUGCAUCCCUGGAUGCAUACGCAGCAGUCGUCUAUUGUCGAAACAUAAAACCAAAUAAUUCUAUAUCUGUUACGCUCGUUGCAGCAAAAUCUAAGGUUGCCCCUUUAAAAGUUUUACCUCUUCCAAGGCUUGAGUUGUGUGGAGCCUUAUUACUCGUUCGAUUGCUUAACAAAAUUAAGAUUUCAUUACAGGAACCAGAAGUCAAAACGUUUGCCUGGACUGAUUCAUCCAUUGUCUUGCAUUGGUUGGCCGCUCCCCCAAAGAAUUGGUCGGUAUUCAUUGGAAACCGUACAUCUGAAAUCCUCACAUCGUUGCCGAUAAAAUCGUGGAAUCAUGUACGUUCGGCUUCUAAUCCUGCAGAUGCCGCUACAAGAGGAUUGUUACCAUCAACUUUGGAAAAAACUACCCUUUGGUGGGAGGGACCCCAAUGGCUUAGUAAAACUCGAGAUCAAUGGCCAUCAUCAAGUUACAAUACGGCAGAUAUCGACACUCAGCACUUGGAAGAAAGAAAGGUUAAACCAAUCGCACAGGUAUUACAUUCAAAUAUAAACUCGAAUCACCCAUUUGAAACUAUAAUCAAUAACUCUUCAAGCUGGUUUAAAGUAGUACGUGUAGCAUCAUACGUGUUUCGUUUCAUCGAAAAUUAUUUCCUACCUAAGGAAAAGCAGAAUUUAAAUCCACUUUUCACGGAAGAGCUUUUAAACUUAAGUCCAUUUAUCGAUUCUUCAGGUGUUCUUCGUGUCGGCGGUCGGCUAGAACACUCAAAUCUUACCUAUUCAGAAAAGCACCCCAUAAUUUUGUGCAAAUCUCAUCGAGUCGCAAAGCUAAUCGUGGAAUUUACACAUAAAAAUCACUUACAUGCCGGUGCCUCGCUUUUAUUCGCCUUAAUCAAACAAGACUUUUAUAUUCUGGGUUGCAGAAAUCUCGCUCGAAAGGUUGUUCGGGACUGUACUCAAUGUAUUCGUCAGCGUAAAGCAACAUCAAAACAGCUGAUGGGAAAUCUUCCAUCCGAACGCAUUCGGUACGCUCGACCAUUCAGUAGAGUAGGCUGCGAUUAUGCAGGUCCAAUAUCACUACGUUUAAAUCGGGGUAGGAACCCAAAAUUCGUAAAGGCUUACAUAGCGCUAUUCGUAUGUUUCGUGACAAAGGCAAUCCACAUCGAACUCGUCGGUGACCUGUCAUCAAUUGCCUUUUUGUCAGCUCUCGACCGCUUUGUGGCCCGCCGCGGUAAACCCUGUGAGAUUUGGAGCGACAACGGAACCAACUUUGUUGGUGCUAAACGUCUACUCAACGAGCUCUACAAUCAUCUCUGCAGUCAACAACACAACAACAUCGUCAUCGACCACCUGUCUAAAGACAACAUCAGUUGGAAGUUUAUCCCACCGUCCUCUCCACAUUUCGGAGGUCUCUGGGAAUCAGGUGUUCGAUCCAUCAAGCUGCACCUGAAACGUGUCAUAGGCGAUACAAUACUCACCUAUGAAGAAAUGUACACCUUAUUAACAAAAAUCGAAGCUUUGCUUAAUUCACGCCCAAUGUGGCAAACUUCUGACUGUGACCCUAUUGCCCUAACACCUUCUCAUUUUUUAAUAGGGGAAGCAUACACAGCUGUUCCUCAACCCGAUGUUUCUAACUCUGUCAUUUCAAUUAAAACUAAUUGGUCUCUUUUGCAGGCAAUGCUUCAAGGCUUUUGGAAACGUUGGCAUGCUGAAUUUCUUACUUCAUUGCAGCAACGCUCAAAAUGGCAGAAAUCGCAACCAAACCUCGAAGUUGAUGAUGUCGUUCUCCUCAAGGAACCCAAUUUGCCUCCAUCUAAGUGGAUCGUUGGACGAAUUAUCAAAACCCACCCCGGAGCAGAUGAAAAAUGCCGAGUAGUAACUAUUCGCACCAAAUUUGGAGACUACGUUCGACCAACAAUCAAAAUUGCUCGAUUACCUUGUUCUGAAAGGCCAUAG